UUUCUGAGUCGAAAUUAAAAAUUUACUCAGGAGUUCAAUAUUUCAAAAGGAACCUAGGCAUUUGUUGAAAAAAACAAGUAUCAAUACAUCUCUCAAAAAGAUGCCACUUUACAAAUCUUUAUCACCAUUGAUUUCAAAAGAUAAUGGAGAAAAAGAUUCUACGAACAAGUGUCCCUCUGAAAUAUAUCCUUUGAGCAUUUCAAACUCGGAAUUCACCUAUCAAAAUUCAAAAACACAUCUUUUUAAACAAAAUCAUCAUCCACCAAAUAUUGAACAUGAGUUGAAUGUUGUUAAAUCAAUUCUUCAACAGGGAAGUUCAGUUACAGGUGAUAGUUUGUUUGAUCAUUUGGCUGAUGUAAUUAAACUUGUAAUAAAAGAACGUCCACCAAACAUAGUGGAUUAUUUUGAAGAAUUAAGUUUUAGUUUGCGAGCACAAAAGUUCAGGAUUCCUGAAAAUUUUCCGUGGGCUACUUUUAAACCAAUAGAUGUUGAAAAGGCUAAAUCUAUCAUGAAGCUACUGAAUGUAAGAAAAAAUAUUCCAGAUCAAUCAAAGAAUGAUACUAAAUACGAUGUUUGUAUCGAAAACGUAUCAAAAAAUGCUAAAAAAUCUCGAAAAGUAACACCAAAAAAUGUUUUACUCAUUGAAAGGAUACAACGAAAACUUUCUCUAAAUGAAAACAUUCAACGGCUCAACUUAUAUUGGACCCUUUGUGGAUUUGGUUUAUUAGAUGAAGAAAUUUCUGAACUUUCGUAUGCUUUACAAAAAGUUCAAUUCCAUCAAAACAUUCAACACGCACGUUUUUGGGGUAAAAUCUAUGGUCUCAGAAAGUCUUAUUACAUUGUCGAAGCUCAGCUUAUACAAUCUGAGAUUGAUAUUCGUUGUGAUAAAAUGAGAGAAGAAAUUAUUGAAAAAAUCACCGUCUUUCAAGAAAAGAAAUUCCAAAAUAUGCAUAACGAAGAAGAUCAAGAAUUUACUCCCGGAUUACAAUGGCAAAACUAUUCAAAAGAAGAUCUUAAAAAAAUGAGGAAUAAAUUUGAGCCUAUCCCAAUUUUAAAGAAUCAGGUGAAUUUUGAUAUUCCUCCAGAGCCUAUGGGAACCGGGUUGCAUCGACGAACUUAUUUUGUUGUAAAUUCACUGACUGACGAAUGGGUUGAAUUACCCGUUGUUGAUCCGGAACAAGUAAAAAUAUCAAGAAAAAUUAAAAAAAUCUUAACAGGGGAACUAAAUGCUGAUAUAAUUAGUUUUCCUGAUUUUCCAGGAAGUGAGAAAAACUAUUUAAGAGCUAUGAUAGCUAGAAUAACUUCGGGAACAUAUGUGGCGCCCAACAAUUACUACAGAAGACUUACAAAAAAAGAAUUAAUUGAAAUUUUUGGCGAGAGUGUAAAAGAGGCACAAGAUGAAUUGGAAGAAUCAGAUAUUGAAGAUGAAGAAGAUGAAGAAGAAGAGGAGGAUUUAGAUAAUGACGCCCUCAUUAUCGAAAACAACGAAUACAAACCACAUCCAGAAAAUCUUAGGUCUUUGACAUCCUGGGUACAUGUUAGGCCAAAUAUUCUCGAACAAGGCCGUAUAGUUUACUUUGAUGAGAAAAAAGCUCUUCAAGCCUUAGAAAAUGGAGGUUCUAAUUUUAUCCUAAGAACUGAAGAGGAAAUCGAAGAAACAGACAUUGAGGAAGAUUACAUAAUCGAAGAAAAUGAUAAUACAAUCAAAGAUUCAAAUCCCACUCUCUUUUCCCCAUGUAAUCAAGAUAAAAACGACCAAAAUAUUCAAAAUUGGUCAGUACGCUAUUCAAGCACUCAUAAUAAAAUAAAUCAGCUAACAAUUUUGCAUUCAAAUUUGUGGCCAGGAGCAUAUUCUUUUACAUUUGAUAAAUAUUCUGAUUCUAUUUACUUUGGCUGGGGAUUUAAAUAUAAUGCCAGAAAUAUGACAAUAACACAACUUCCUCCAAUACAAGAUGACAAUGAUACAAUUGGACUUGAUGAAAUAUUCGAUCCUACUGUAGAAAUGGAAGAAGCUUGGCGUCGUUUUCAUCAGAAAAAGGUUGUUGAAGAAAUUUCUGAAGAAGAAAUAGAGGAAGAAGAAGAUUCAUGUUAAGCUUUUUUUUUUGUAAGAAUGCUUUCAUUCAAUAAAUGUUUUAGUUCAAUAAAACAAUAAAAUAGAACGA